UGCGACCUGCGCUCAAGAUCCAUUUUCAAGGAAAGUGUCAGCCAAAGAAAGAUUCUCCAGUUGACAACCCUGUGCGAGAGACCGACACAGAUAGACGUCCACACGUCCACAUAGUACAGUCCAUAGCUCUUGAUUGAUCUUGUCCCUCAUCACAGGUUUGUGAUCUUCAUGUAGCCGGGAGACGAUGAUGUUUCAAUUCCGAAGAAGAUGGUUAUUAGGACCUUUGAAACUUCCAUUGGUCUCGUUGUUGGCAGUUUUACUGGCCGUGUCGUUGGUAGAAGGAUUUGGAGUUCAUCAUCAUCAUCGUCAUCAUCAUCACCCAAGAAACUUGAUCAUCCCAUCCUCCCGAGCAUGUACUAGUACUAGUAGUACGCCAAGAACGCAGCUCUCCAUGAUGAUGUCACUGUUUGGCCGACAACGGCGCCACACCAAAAAGUCGGAGGAACAAAGUCCAACUACUACGAGCGCUUCUACUUCUACUCCAUCAUCCCACCAGUGGACCGUGUACGUCGACCAAAGCAAACCGUCGUUGGAUCGAGGUGCCAGUGCCACACUCGACGCUUUUUUGGGUCUCGCGCCUCCUUCUACCAUUCGCGUCGUGGCGGCCACGUUUGGGACUCCUUCGGGUAGUGGCACAACAGGAACAGUAGUAGUGGAUCCAAACAAUGCCAUGACAAGCAGCGGCGCCACUACCAGCAGUUAUCAUCCUGCCAGCAAUGUCGUCAAUACGAAUAUUGCUAACAAGAAAACCAAAGGACCUCAUAUCCGGUGUAUCUCUACUGGAAAGGAACAAAAAUGUUUGGAUGUGUCCAAUGUGGAUUCGGUAGACAAAGUGUACCGCAUUUUGACCAAGUACUUGGCGGUAUCCACGGAACAAGUCCCGUAUCAAUUCUGUGAUUGUCUCAAAUGGAAAUACAAGGGAAAUGCCCACUUGGAAGCGGGAAAAUUCGAUCCAGCCGUGCAAGCGUACAAUGCCGCCAUUCAAAUUAUUGGGGCGAAUCUGGAACAACCAACUACUGAUGGCAGUAAUAGCAAAACUGCCAUGAUUCAACCACAACAAGUCCAACAACAAAAAGGAAUCUUGCUCCUCAUGAGAGCCACGGCAUAUCUACAACGCGCAUCCAGUCACAAGAUACAAUUGCGUACCAUUGUCGAAGAGCUCAUGAAAAUGGUACCCGAUGCCACCAAACUCAAACGUCUCUACGAACAAACCGCCGGUCUGUCGCCUGCCAUUUCCCAUUCCAUGUUUCGCAAAGUACUGGUAGAUUCGUGGCGACAAGAAGAUUGUUUUCGACGCACGCAAUAUUGGCACGGACUCUACCAAUUUGCACUGUUGCAAGCGGCACAAGAUGUCUUACAGGCGACACAAUUGUUGCCCAUGUACAGUCGCGGAUGGGCGCGGGCCGGAGAAAUUCUGGAGGAAUUGUGGAAAUUGAGUGAAUCGGCACAAUAUUACGAACAAGCCGUCCAAUGCGAUGCCCAAUUGGAAGCACAGCUGCAACCGGUCAUUGAUCGCUUGCGGAAACGACAAGAAUUGUUGGAAAGUGCCCGUGCGUACGGGUGGUCCGAAGAUACACUCCGGUUGGCACUGGAUGUGGCGGGGUGAAUAUUAUGUAAAAGUAAAGUGAUUGAAGUGAAAGGAGCUGCCAAUAAUUGUGAGAAGAAAGCUACUAGGGUUGUUUCAAUCACCUUUCUUCUACAUUUAUUUAUUCAUGCAUUCAUUCAUAAGUACCGAUACCAUACUACCUCUUUUGACCCCACAUUUUAAAGCUAUCUCCAUUCACAUUUAUUUAUACUACGAAGAGUGUAGUCGAGUUCUGCCCAUCUGCUUACUCUGCCUUUUUGCGUCCCUUUUGUGUUGUUGUCGUUGUGGCAGUUGUAUUGGUCGCGUCCUUGUUGUCGUUGUUGUUAUUGGUAUUGCCUGGAAACGUGGGAACACUGUAGGGUGCCAUUCCUUCCGAGACGGCUCGUUUGGGUGGUGCAGGAUAGACAGGAACGGCUGGUUCUGGCAUGUUAUAGGUCGGAACAGGGACCGUGGGCGGCGCCGAAACUCGAUGUUGCGGUGUCGCAACGACUUCUGGUUCGGGCAUGUUGUACGUGGGCAUGGAAAUGGCCGCCAUGCCCUGUGUCACUUCUGUCAUGCUAUUGUUGUUGCUGCUAGAAGUGGGUUGUUGUUUGGCUGGUGGUGAUGGCUGUUUCUUUUGCGGUGGUGCUGUCGUGCGCAAUGGCAUGGGCGCCGGAGCCGGAGCUGCCACCGGCAUUUGAUAUGGAAUGGGCGAGGGCGCCGGCGCAAUAAUGGGAGUCUCUUCGGGAAUGGUGGCGGGUGGUUCUGGUUUCUUUGUAGAAUUACUAUCCACAGCAGCAGCCUUGACUUGUGUCUGUUGUUGUUGUUGUUGUUGUGCACCCGUGGCAGUCCCCUUGACAUUGGUACACACAUCCUUAUGACCGCGUUGCCAAUCUUGAAUUUGGCAUUGUUGACUGCAAUAAUAGGCAAUCCCACAGAGCGGACACGCUUUGAGAACAUGGGCGGAUCCACCGUAUUUGCGUUCAAAGGAUCCACAGACAUUACAGGAAUGCACGUCGUGUGGCAUUUGCGAUUUCAACGCUGGAUUGGACGCCGUCGCAAAUUUGGACGUUUGUCCGAGAUUACUAUUGGCAGCAUGCUGUUGUGCUUUUGCGUGAAUGGUAUUGGACAUUUGUUGGGCUUGCAAGACGCACUUGGUAUCGAGACAGACGGGGACACAAAAGGGAUCAAUGAGUAGAUUUUUUUGUAAAAAGAAUCCCGGAUUGCCGACAAAUCGAACGGCAGGAUUACCACACGGUGGAUUGGCACAACUACAGACAGGUGCUGUGGGAUCAAUUUUGGUCUGUCCUUUUUGAUAACGCAACAUGGCCGGUUGUUGUUGUAUCCACAUGGAUUGUACGAGGAGUCGUCGGAAAAUGGGAUGGACUUUGGCGCGCAUUAAACAGCCCUUGGGGACUCGUAGCGAUGUCAAGUAGGGCAAUGUCUGUCCGGCAUUGAGUUUUUG